UCGUCCGCCGAGACUGGACUCCCUGAAGGAUGGGAGGUGCGCCGCUCCAACACAAAGAACCUCCCAUACUACUUCCACGCCCAGACAAAAGACUCGCGAUGGGAACCACCACAGGGAACAAACCCAGACAAGCUGAAGGCGUACAUGGCUGCCAACCACAGCUCCAAGGGCGUCGCACCGGCAGCCGUCGCAGGUACUGAGGGCAAGAUCCGAUGCGCCCAUCUCCUUGUCAAGCAUCGCGACAGCAGACGCCCGGCUAGUUGGCGGGAACCCAAGAUUACGCGCUCAGUGGAAGAAGCGCGGACGAUGAUCGAGAAUUACCACAAGCAGAUCCAGGCCUACGAGGAGGGAAAGGAGGACCCUAACGCCAAAUCUCUGUCGGAGCUUGCAACCACCGAGUCAGAUUGCAGCAGCGCUCGCAAGGGAGGAGAUCUGUAA